GCACCGGUGCGCAUUACGCACACUUCCAGCCCCAGCAACAGACGGGACUCCCACAUUGCUGCUGUCUCUCCUCCGAACUUCUUCGCCUCCUUCCACAACUUCUCCCAACUUGUCACUUCUCUGCAAAGCUUCGAGAGCCUCAGAGUUGACUACAUGGCCACAUGAAAGUUUACUGGACUUGGAACUUGAAAGACCUUUAUUUGAGCUUGUCGCCUCCAGAGUUACUGUGGAUUACUGACAUUCUCCAGGACAUUGGGGAGCUUUUUAUUGGGGGUUGUCACCGUGUACACCGCGGAGGUCUGAGCCGAGAUGGGUAGCAAAGCUCUGCACGCUCCGAUCCCACUGCACCCGGCCCUCCAGCUUACAAACUACUCCUUCCUGCAGGCCGUUAACACUUUUCCCGCUGACCAGCUGCAGGGACUGUACGGCCUCAGCGCUGUGCAAACCAUGCACAUGAAUCACUGGACUCUUGGUUACCCACACAUCCAAGGACUAAGGUCUACAAUCACAGAGAUGGCAGCCGCCCAGGGGCUGGUAGACCCCAGGAUUCCCUUCCCAGCGUUACCCUUCUCAGCAGCAGCACAGCUCUUUCAUCAGAAACAAGUUGCGCACGGCGUCCCCUCCUUCCACAAGGACAGGCCGAGGUUUGACUUCGCCAAUCUGGCUCUCGCUGCCACCCAGGAGGACCCACCGAAAGCUACGGACCUGUCAAAGUUGGCAUCAGGACUAGGAGGAACCAUCUCCGAGCUAAGCAAGUUGUCCCCGGACAGAAAACCCACCCGUGGCAGGCUCCCGUCCAAGACUAAAAAGGAAUUUAUUUGCAAGUUCUGCGGCAGGCAUUUCACCAAGUCUUAUAACCUCCUGAUCCACGAGAGGACCCACACAGACGAGAGGCCCUAUACUUGUGAUAUUUGUCACAAGGCUUUCAGAAGACAGGACCAUCUCAGAGACCACAGAUACAUCCAUUCCAAGGAAAAACCAUUCAAAUGUCAAGAAUGUGGGAAAGGAUUUUGUCAGUCUCGAACUCUAGCCGUGCACAAAACCUUACAUAUGCAGGAGUCUCCCCACAAAUGCCCCACAUGCGGAAGAACCUUUAAUCAAAGAAGUAACCUGAAAACUCACCUUCUCACCCAUACAGACAUCAAGCCCUACAGCUGUGGCCGCUGCGGAAAGGUGUUUCGGCGCAACUGUGACUUGCGACGGCACAGUUUGACGCACAGCCCACACCAGGACUUCUAGGCUGGACAGACUAACAAAUAGACAAUGGUCAAAACGCAGGACGACAAGUCAGCGAGUUUUCUGUUUAUUUUUUUUGUUCGAAAAGACAAUGCAGGACACAAACCAGGACACGUUUACUGCGGCACAUUCUACAGUGGGAUUUGUUUGGACAUCAAGAGGGACAGCAGCGGGGAUAGCCACGUCCAGCUUUCACACCACCUGUAAAUAUCAAGACCAUGUACAUACUGUGUUUGUUUGUUUUAUUUGAAUGUUCUUUCCUGACAUGAAAUAAUAAAAGUUGUCAAAGAACAGUGACAAAUUUAAAGUAUGUUAAAUUGUAUUUUAAAAAUAAAUAUUUCCGUUACAUGUUCA